AUGUUGAAGGAAAAGAGAAAGGAAAUAGUAUCAUCUAUGGUGAGCCUUCAAAAAACUGACAAUUCCUUUAUUUACAAGUUUUCGAACUAUCACAAGACUGUAAAAAUCGUUGCCUGGAUACUUCGAUUUAUUAAUAACAGUCGUAUUUCUAGGGAUGAUCGAAAAUAUGGAAUCUUUGAUUCCGAGGAAAUUUCUGUAGCUGAACAUGCAGUUAUCAGAAUAAUACAGAAGGAAAGCUUCGUUAAUGAAGAGGAUGAAAAGUUGAAAACUCUGAGAGCUUUCAAAGAUGGAAACGACAUCAUCCGGUUGAAAACAAAGAUUUUAUAUCGACCAGAUAGCGAGGACUUUAAGACGCCUGCAAUUUUACCAUCAAAAAAUGAGCUUGUAAAGCGUAUAGUGAUAUACUAUCACGUAAACAACGUUCAUGCCGGAACUCAAAUGUUGCUUAACAUUUUGAGAGAGCGAUUUUGGAUUCUACAUGGUAGAAAGACAGUGAGAUCCAUCUUAUCAAAAUGUGUUGUCUGUAAGAGACAUUCUGCAAAGAAGCUUGAUAUUCUUACUGCAUAUCUUCCGGAGGACCGAAUCCGAGAAGCUGCUGUGUUUGAAAUCUGUGGCAUUGACCUGGCUGGGCCACUAUUUCUCAGAGAUAAUAAGAAGUCUUGGGCAUGUCUCUUCACCUGCGCUAUCUAUAGGGCUAUACACAUCGAAUUAGUGACUUCUUUAUCUACGCAAUCAUUUUUACUGGCUUUGCGCAGAUUCAUAGCCCGUAGGGGACGAUGCAGCAUUAUCUAUUGUGACAAUGACUCUAAUUUUGUGGGUGCUUCUAAUCUGCUGAGUAAGCUGGAUUGGAGCCUUAUUGUAAUUGACACUGCUCUUCAUCCUAUUAAGUGGAAGUUUAACCCACCGACUGCCUCUUGGUGGAGUGGAGAUCGACUGAUCGGUAUUCGGAGCGACUGA